AUGCACCAACUUAGGCGCCCUCUUGAUGCACUAUUGAAGAAGGACGUCAAGUUUAUCUGGUCUCAAGAAUGCCAUCAAGCUUUCGAGAAAUUCAAGACGACGCUCCAAUCAGAUCUAUUGCUGACCCACUACGAUCCGAGCUUGGACAACAUCGUUGCUGCUGACGCGUUGAAAUCCGGAAUUAGUGCCGUCAUCAUGCAUCGAUUUCCGGAUGGUUCUCUCAAGGCAAUCGCUCAUGCUUCCCGAACGCUUACGUCAGCUGGAUCGGACGGAUCAAAAGCCCUUGCUCCGAAUUUUGGGUUGCAAAAAGGAUAUUCCACUACAUAUAGCGAAUCGUCUCCAACGUUGGGCGCGCUCCUGUGCUACGAUUUCGACAUCCAGUACGUAUCCACCAAUCAAUUCGGAUAUGCAGACAUUCUAUCCCGUUUGAUCAGUAGCCACACCAAGACGGAUGAAGAUUUCAUAAUCGCAUCCCUCCAACUCGAAGAAGACGUUGAGGUUCUUUUGGAUGAAGCCAUGGAAUCUUUACCUGUUUCCUUCAAAUUGAUCCAACGUGUGACAAGCAAAUGUCCUGUCCUCCAGCAAGUUACCGAGUUCACCCAAAAAGGAUGGCCUUCCGAUGUCAGCAGUAUCCAGCAUGAAACGGUCAAACAGUUUCAUUCCAAUCGUGAAGCUGUGUGA